UCUUCAAGAGCACAUCGUGAUGGAAAUGGUGGACCUUAAAUUUUUUGGAGAGGCCAAAGCUGCUACAUGCAGAAAGAGACAGAAAGCUGCCCAGAUGGCACAUGCUCCACUUUGUGUGAGGGUGGAUUUUGGUGGAUCCUCAACACAGAUCUGUUUGUCUGUAUUUGAACCGGAAAUACACAGUUUCUGCCGUCUUGGCAGAAUAUUUGUGACUUACAAUGCUCUGAGGAACACCUGGCAUUGUGCUUGUGCAAAGCCAAGAAUAUCAUGUCCUCAUAAAAACAUAGCUAAAUGGCAUCUCUUCCAGACACAGAGAGACAUCUUCAAAUCAACUGUACCACUAUCAUCAGGCACCCCAUCACAGAUGACUCAGGAGAGUUCUUCCUUUGAGGACAAUGCUGCCGUCGAAAGGAGUAUACGCUAUAUUUUUAAAGAGAAAAAAAUUCCUGGAUCUCUUCCAGAAAAUGUCAUCUCACAGAAAAUGGAUCAUCAGAAACAGCUCUUUCCAUGUGAAACGUUGUGCCAGGUGUGCCCAGAGCACCCUAAACUUGAUGAGGCUAUUGUAAUUACCAAUAAAGCGAGGAUUGUCAGCAUGAUGGGAGUGAUUGAGAAUGUUUCAACACACCAUAGAUCGUGUCCUCAGUGCCACAUGGUCUACAGAUACCAGGAGUGGACAGAUGGGCUUCACAACUUUGACAACCACGUUGUUUUGUCUCUUGAACUCUGCCAUUUUUGAGAGAAAAUCUGCAGGUGAGGAUCGCAAAAAUCAAAUAUACUCAUCUGAAGAUUGCUUUAAAAAUGUGUUUGUGUCAUUAUGAUA